UUUUUUUUUUUCUCACGCUUUUGCUUCUUCUCCCUCCCGUCAUCUUCUCCCCGCUCUCCGCAUCGUGCGCGUUGAGCUAUGCCUGUCGCCGGGUCAACCGCACUACCAUUUCAACCCCACCCCCCCUCUGCCCUGUUGUCCUUGGCCUGUUCAACCACGACAGCAACAACCAGCUAGCUACUGCGUGCGUGCUGCCGCACACCACACCUCCUCCAUUUGCCUAAUCGCCGUAUAUAUUUCUUUCUCACGACCUCACCUCGAGCAUCCGGCCUGGUGGAGACAGGAGAGGGAAGGGAGAGAGGAGAGGGAGGCCAUGAAGUCGAACCGGAACCUGUCAAGGGCGGAGGGGAGGAGGCUGGGGAAUGUGGCACUCAUCGCCUUCAUGCUCGGAUCCCUCCUGCUGCUCUCCCUCAUCAGGGCCAAGUUCUCCCCGAUUGGUAAAACAGGGGACGCCAUCAAAGCAGAGGAGCAGCAGGCAAUGGCGAAAGACAGCGUCGAGAUGGCGAACGCGCAUGACGCUGCAGCUGCAGCCGAGGAGGAAGGCGAGGAGACUCGGUCCAACCCCACCGACUCCAACUCUGGCAGCGGCAGCGGCGGCGGCGGCGUGAGCGGCACGGCCAUUGUGGUCGGCGACGACCACACCGAGAGGGCGAGCAAAAGCAAGCCGGUGUGCUACGAGUCGAGCCGGCGGUCGGACACCUGCGAGGCGGCCGGCGACGUGCGCGUGGUGGGGCGUGCCCAGACGGUGCUGGUGAGCCCUCUGGAGCGGGAGUGGAAGGUGAAGCCUUACUGCCGGAAGCACGACGCGUUCGCGCUGUCCCACGUCAAGGAGUGGACGCUCCGUCCGGUGGGAAGCGACGACGCGCCGCGGUGCACGGUGAACAGCUCGGCGACGGCGUUCGUGCUGUCGACGGGCGGGUUCACGGGCAACCUGUUCCACGACUACACGGACGUGCUGAUCCCGGCGUUCAUCACGGCGCGGCGGUACGCCGGCGACGUGCAGCUGCUGGUGAGCAGCUACAAGCCGUGGUGGACCACCAAGUACCUGCAGGUGCUGCAGCAGCUGAGCCGGCACGAGGUGGUGGACGCGGACGCGGACGCCGAGGUCCGCUGCUACCCGCGCGUCGUGGUAGGCCCGACGUUCCACCGCGAGCUAGGCGUGGACGCGUCCUCCUCGUCGCCGUCCAUGCCGGAGUUCCGCGCGAUGCUGCGGGACGCGUUCGGGCUAGAGCGCGCGGCGGCGGCGCCGAGCGGGGACCGGUGGGACAUCCGCCGGCGCCCGCGCCUCCUCAUCAUCUCGCGGAGGACCUCGCGGCGGCUGCUGAACGAGCGCGCCAUGGCGGACAUGGCGACGAGCCUGGGGUUCGACGUGCGGACGGGGGACCCGGAGGUGAGCACGGACGUGGGGCGGUUCGCGCGGCUGGUGAACUCGGCGGACGUGAUGGUGGGCGUGCACGGCGACGGGCUCACCAACAUGGUGUUCCUCCCCGCCGGCGCCGUGCUGGUGCAGGUGGUGCCGUACGGCGGGCUGGAGUGGCUGGCGCGCGGCACGUUCCGGGAGCCCGCGGAAGGGAUGGAGGUGCACUACCUCGAGUACGUGGUGCAGAAGGACGAGACGACGCUGAGCGAGGAGUACGGCGAGGACGAUCCGGUGAUCAGAGACCCCGCCGCCAUCCAUAAGCAGGGGUGGGACGCGCUCAAGGCCGUGUACCUCGACAAGCAGAACGUCCGGCCGCACCUCGGCAGGCUCAAGAACACCUUCGUGCAGGCGCUCAAGCUGCUGCCCCAUGGACGGCAGGUCGCCGACGACUGAGUAGUUUGGACAGGUCUCUGUCGUCGUUCGCGUACACCGUGUUCAUGUUGUUUAGUACCUUGGUUUAACUACCUUCAUCAUCAGCUGGAAAAUGGAUGGGUUUAAUUUAUACCCUAGGUAGGUAGAUUAGGCAGAUGGUUAGGUUCGUUUUUAAUGAUGUUGCUGAUGGUAGAUCAUCAUCAAGUGGUAAUUAAUCUGUUUUUUUGGUCAUUUUUCUUGUGCCCCUUUGCCUUUGCCCUGUAAACACGACACAAUGCAAGGUUGAGUUGGUUGCGA